AUGGACGACUCGAUAAUAUUCCGUAUGAGCGCGUUCUCCGAGCAGGGAGGGAGGAAAUACAUGGAGGAUGUUGUCGAGAUCAAAAUCGAGUACGAGCCGACGGCGGCGGCAGCGGAGGAUCCUCCGAAGCCGCAGCGGCAGCAUGAUGGAGGACAGCCGGGGGGAGCGGAGGGCGAAGCCGCCGGACACACGGACACCGAAGCGCGGGAUGAACGUGACGUCGCCGCCGAAUCUGGUCCCGCUUCUGCGAUGUGGGUGGAGAGUGUGCCGAGCGAGGACAGCGGCGAUAACAACAGCGGCGGCGGCGAAGCACCGGAGCCGGCCGGGAAAGAUGCGGAGCGCGUCGUGGACACGCGCAGGUCCUUGGCGUUCUUCGCCGUGUUCGACGGCCACGGGGGCCGGGAAGCCGCGCACUUCGCCCGGGACAAUCUGUGGGAGCUGCUGAAGAGGCAGCGCGGCUUCUGGUCGAAGGAUCACGGCGAGGUGUGCGCCGCCCUCCGCAAAGGCUUCAUCGCCUGUCACCACGCCAUGUGGAAGGAGCUGCCGGAGUGGCCGAAGACCAUCACUGGUCUGCCCAGCACAUCGGGCACCACAGCCAGCGUGAUCGUGAUCCGUGGGGUUCACAUGUACGUGGCUCAUGUCGGGGACUCAGCAGUCGUGGUUGGAGUGAAAGAGAACGAGUCCGACAUCACGCUCCAGGCACUUGAAGUAACACAAGACCACAAACCUGAACUCCCGAAGGAAAAGGAGAGGAUUGAACGACUGGGUGGCAGUGUCAUGAAGAAAUCUGGCGUGAACCGUGUGGUGUGGAAGAGGCCUAGACUGACCCAUAACGGCCCUGUGAGGAGGAGCACAGUCAUCGACCAGAUCCCCUUCCUGGCUGUGGCCCGAUCCCUAGGUGAUCUCUGGAGCUAUGAUUUCUACAGUGGGGAGUUUGUGGUGUCACCAGAGCCUGAUACCACCGUAAUGACCCUUGACCCCAAACUGCAUCGCUACAUCAUCCUUGGCAGUGAUGGGCUAUGGAAUAUGAUGCCACCCAAAAAUGCUGUGAAUAUGUGUUAUAGCCAUGACAAAAUGGUGGGUCCAAAGGGGAUGUCUUGUGCCCGCCGGCUUGGAUGCACAGCCCUGCUGUUCUGGAAAGAGCGCAUGCUCCGUGCAGACAACACGACGGUUAUCGUCCUGGCCCUGCAGGAGCCCGGCGGACCGCCUGUCCCUAUGCAUCGAGAUGAGAUCGUUAUUGACAUGGCCACUGGAAUGGACCAGGUUCCAUUCCCGGGAACUCCUUAUAACACAUGUGAGGUCCCAAAGGCGGAGCAUGAGGAUGACAUGUUUUUUGAAGAAGAUGAGAUAUAUGGAGAAGAACAUGAGGAUUGGACAUGCCUGGAGUGGUAGUGAGAGUGAAGCAGGGGCCACUCCCUCCCGUUUCAGAGCGAGUUGCACAGCUCUGGAGCAGGCACUGGGGCUGCACGAAGCCGCCUCCAGUGCCACCGCGCAGCUCUUACCUGACAAUGACUCUGUCGGGGCCACACUGUCCUCGUCGCACGCCUCGGAGAAGGUUUACGAAAAGCAAGACCCGACGACCCCAAUGGACUGCGGCGCCUCUGCUCCGCCACCGAAAAGGUCUCGCCGUUCGCCGCACACUCCCCCCGAACUUGACGGCCGGUCGCCCGACAACGUUUUGCCCCCGAAUACGCCUUGUAGCAAAGCACCAAGUGAACAAUCCCGUGGAACACACGCUCAGAAAGGAGAGGGAAGCUCCUCGGAGGAACUCGCUCCCCUGUCACAGCACCACAAUGCUGCCUUGUGUGUGUGCUGAAUCUUCUCCUUUUCUCCCCCCCACCCCCCCACGAGACUAGAAAGAUAAACGGCAUCAUGUCAACUUUGCUUACGUACCAGUUAUCCUGCAGGCCUGUUCUUAGAUGUAUACUUUUAUACAAAAGUCUUUUUUUUUGUUUGUAAAUAUUUGAGAAAUUUGAAAUUGUUCAUGUGUUGAUGUUAUUCCUCUUUCCCUCUUCUUCCAGCCCCCCCCUCUAAAAAAUGUAAGUGUUCGGUACUUUAAAACUUGAAAUUUUAGAUUUGUUCAAUCGACACAAUCUAUUUUCAUACUUAUAAGUAUGUACAGUAUAUCCAGAAUAUGUAUUUUGAAGAAGACGGAUCACUACAAUCUGACGUAACUUCAGCUGGUUCACCUGAAUUGUGACGCAUGCGUUCUUCCAGUCAAGAUUUGUAUGAUUACUACAAAUUAAGCGUUUUGUAUUGUUUGACUCGUUGGCUGCUGUAACAUGUCACUCUUUAUAGGGUUAAUACCUCAGACCAGUGUUUUGUCUUUUGGAACUUUGCUGCAUCUACUGUUAAUGGAUGGAUUUCACCUUCUGUUGUUCCGUAGGUAAAAGUGUAGGCGGCAAAGUAAUGGAACCGAAUUGACAAAAAAUGGUCUUAGGAAAAUUAUGCGGGUAUUGAUUUUAUUUGUAAUUUUUUAAACCUUAUUUUUUUUAUUUAAUUUUUUAUCAGUGACUUAUUAUGCACUGCUAUGAUCUUAACUGUUACUCUGCUAUUGGUGAAUCUUAUGGAUAGCGUGUGAGGAGAGGUCGAAGGGUCAGUUCACCUAAAAAACUGAAAAAACGAUAUAUAUCAUGUCUCGAUUAAAGAGCUACACUCUUCAGAGGACGUGGCUCACAAAGGAAUGGGUCCUCGGGGGCUGGGCUAACUUUUGGGCCAACUCGUUCCAGCAACAGAGCUGAAGUUUGACACAGAGAGUUUAAAUGCCCCCAUGUGAUGCAAUCGAUUCAAUGCCGCCUCUGCAGCUCGGAAUUGAAUCACAGCUAUUCUCUCACUGGCAAAAGUGGCAAGAUUUGAGUGAACUGACCCUGACAUUUUACUUCUGUCACUUCUUGGCUGGAUAGUCAUAUUGUUCCAUUCCAAGCACAUCCACCAUUUAUCAUCCUCAUCAUUGGGCCUGCCUAGAAGUAAACUUGUUUUAAACAGGCAGAAAUAUUUGCUGUAUUGCUCUAUGUACUGUAAAAUCCAGGAUUUCAACAUGACCUGUGCCACAGUGGAAGGUGACUGAUGUUAUUUAUAAAGUAUCAGGCUCAUUUAAGGCGAUUUUAAAAUGUCUUCCACUUUGUUCUUAUAUGGUUUGCAUCUCUAACUUGUGUUUUGGUAUUCUCAUUUAAUACAAAAAGUGCCCGAUUCCUGUUUUCAAGUAAAUUUCAAAAAUGGUCAAAGGUCUAACACGUGUUCAUAUGGCAGCUCAACUACUCUGCUAGCUGAUGUGUUUGCCUUAUUUUUACAAAAGUUUCAUUGUUGCCUUAGCACAAAUUAGUUAGAGGUUCUUUCAUGUGAAUUUUACACAACCCCCCCACCCCCCCAAAAAACGAGAGCGAAUCUCUCAGAUACGUCGAUGUGCUUGCAACCUCGGCGCCGGCCUCGACCUUCAUCUCUUCACCACUGUCAUCUUCACCAUUCGCACUGCAGCAUACUGAACCCGCUCCACGCGGUUAAUGUUUUCCAGUUGUACUGCAGAGCAGUUUGUCAAUGUUUGUACAGUGUGUCCAUAUGCAAUAGAAGUCUGUACAGUACACUAUUAUGCAAAGUGAUUGGUCGUCAGGAGUCUGGCAUGCUCGGAACUGCUCUGUAUAUUGUGAAAAUGUUCAGGGGUGAUGGAUGUUCAUGAGCAUGUGGUGUGUUUUGACCAUUACAAUACCUGGGUGUGGCUUCCGUUCGGCUGGAGCCAGUUGUCUGGUCAAAUAUAUAUAUAUAUAAUACAUACAGUUCUUUACAUGCUUUGACCAGAUAUACAUUUUGUGUGUAAUAAUAAAGUUCUCAUUUUCCAA